CGGACUCAUCAGCAGCAUGGCUGUCAGUAUAUAUUUGAAGUUUGGACGAUGCGCUUCCUCUCGUCGCGUUGGUUUUUUUUGUUUGUGCAAUUUGACGAAAAUGUUAUCACUUGUGAUUCUGUGUGGCAUCAACUAUGGAAAGGAUUGGAUGCAGUGACCUAAUAUUAAACUCAUAAACUAGAAUAGUAAAUGUAACCUGAGCCGAGAAUAGAGCUACCAUCAUGACCUCGCGGUUGGACCGGUUGUUCGUACUGCUGGAGGCGGGCACCGGGCCGGCCACGAGGCGCGCGGCGGCCCGCCAGCUGGGCGAGGUGCAGAAGGCGCACCCCGAGGAGUUGCACCACCUGCUGGGGCGGCUCACCAAACACCUGCGUUCUCCCGCCUGGGAGACUAGGACCGCCGCCUCUCAGGCCGUCGAAGCGAUUUUAGCGAACGUACCGGAGUGGAAACCUCCACCGUGUACAGUGAAAAAGGAGGAGAAAUACGAGCCGGAGGAUGGCACGCGGCUGCGGUGCGAGACCUUCGACCUGGAGCGCGUGCUGCAGGACGGCGCCAGCCUCAUGGGCUCCGAGGGCAACGAGUACGACAUGGAAGAGGAGGCGCUCUGUGUUGCAGAUUUAAAAGAUCGCAUUAGCAGACAACGUCAGCAGCUGAACGCCAAGCUUGGACUGGACGUGGCACCGCACCUGGGCAUCGACCUCAACGCCCUCUACACCAACGAGGACCUGUGCCUCUCCAGACCAGUCAAGACUGAAACACAGAAGAAACCAGUGCAAGAGUUAGUGCCUUCGAAGCCGCUCAGCUCGCGUGAGAUUAACCUGGCCAAGCGCAAGGCGAGGCUGGCGUUCAGCAAACAAAAGUCGCGCGAUUGCAGCGAUGAAGGGGGAGGGUCGUCGGCACCCCCCACCCCGCCCGUCGAGCCCGACCGGAAAAAGAUGAAGCUGGAACCCAACCCUGACGAGUAUCUGGUGGAGGGCGCCGGUUUAGCGGUGCCGGACAGUACAGGCGGGUGGGGCGAAUGUACUCGCUGGCCGCUCGAACGGUGGAGCGGGUUAUUACGCGCGCAGCUGUUCAGCGCCGCGUGGGAGGCGCGACACGGCGCCGCCAGCGCGCUGCGGGAACUACUGCGCGCGCGCAUCUGUGCCGGCGCCGGGCGCACCGCCGCCACGCCCGGGGCUCAGAUGGAGGACGCGCAUCAAGAAUGGCUGGAAGACAUGGCACUGCGUUUGCUUUGUGUACUAGCCCUGGAUAGGUUCGGAGACUUCGUGUCAGACCAAGUGGUGGCGCCAGUACGGGAAACUUGCGCGCAGACUCUAGGCGUGGCGCUUGCGCAGAUGCGCGUCGAACGAGUGCGGAAAGUAUGCGCGCUGCUGGCAGUGCUCGCCACGCAUGCGCAAUGGGAGGCGAGGCACGGGGCCGUGCUGGGGUACAAGUACCUGCUGGCCGCCAGGAAGGAUAUCGGCGUAGAAUGCGGUGCCGUUGAACAACUAGUUCAAGGCCUAGAAGACGGCGCCGAAGACGUUUCAGCGGCGGCGGCUAGCGCAUUAGCGGCGCUAGCGGGCGCGGGGUCAGGGGCGGGAGCGGGGGCGGAAGCGGUUGAGAACAACGCGCCUAGACUAGCGGGAAGAUUGUGGUCGCUGCUGAGAGAUCAAGAUGACCUAGCGGCGCCUGCGAAUGCUUAUCUAGCGCUGUUAGCUGCGUUGUGCGCGCUUCCAAGGGCUGCGAGACUGUUGCAUCCAAUCGAUUUGCCGGACGUCCUGCCUCGCCUGUGGCCAUACCUCGACCACAGUACCAGCUCCGUCCGCAAAGCGGCGCUUCAGACGCUCAGAACGCUCACGCGACCGCUCGUCACCGACACCAACGGCGUUACCAAUGGCGAUAGCUUGAACAAACCCGUUGAUACCGAGCCACAGUAUCUUGCGUGGACGCCCGAGUUGCUGCAGGAUGCGAUGAGACAUGUCUACCAGAGAGUGCUGUUUGAACAUGUUCAUGAGAUUCAGGAGAUUGGCUUACAGGUGUGGGAGAACUUCCUAGCACACGCGUCGUUAGGCGUGAUACUGGUGGCGGCAUGCCCCAUGCUGGCCACGUGGCUGUGUCUGGCGAUGCAGCCGGCCAGACUGCCAGUAGACGCGGGGCUGAUACUGCGCCCGCCAGUACAGGAGCGUCGGGUCCGCUCGGCGCAGUGCCCGGAGGGGGGGCAGGAGCCCCGCGUGGCCCGCGCGUGGUACAUCGGCGGCGGCGAGGCGCAGCCCUGCGCGCUGCGGGACCGCAACGUGACCCGCGCGCGCUGUCUCACUGCGCGCAUGCUGGGCUAUCUGUCCUGUUACCUAGUGCAACCGGCACCUGGAAUAGAGUAUAAAGCUGAAGAUGAGAGCCCUAUAGACUGUUAUGUUAAGGUGAUGACGGUGUACAUCCGGUCGGGCAGCGCUCUGCAGCGGCUGGUGGGGGGGCUGGUGGUGUGCUGGUGGGCGCGACACACGCGCCGGCGCCGCCUCUACCCGCCCGCCCUGCGGCAGGGGACCACCCGCCCAUCGCAGGUAAACGGCGAGCAGGCAUCAGAUAAGGACAGGCAUAUAUCGUCUCUAGCACCGCCUCUUCUGACCAGCACCCUGCACGCGGCACUCAACCAAACACUUUAUUACGAUGAAGUGGCUCUGAACUGCAAUAGAAUACUCCAAGAAGCUCGUGAUCUCCAUGCUAUGAUGAAGCACUACAAACUGCCAGUGGAUGGUGAAGAAUUCAAUAAUAUACUGAGGUUAGAACAGGUGGCGCAAUUGACGCAAGUGUCUGCCCCGAUGGUAUCAGCCAUGAAAAUCAAACGCGUGGCUCACACGUUGGAAGAACGUCGCGCUGCCUUGCAAGCCAGCGUCGCCCAGUGUUCCAGCGACCAAAAUACCCUCAAUGUCUCAGUCCAAGCCGGCCUAGCAGGCGCGUGUGCGAACCUCCACAGUUUACCCGACAAGCUGAACCCCGUAAUGCGUCCCUUAAUGGACAGCGUGAAGAAGGAACCCUCCGAGGAGUUACAGCAGAACUCUGCUGCUACUCUAGCGGAACUGCUGGAACAGCUGGUGACUAGAGACCCCUGUCCCAACAACAAAGUGCUGGUCAACUUGAAGGCUUUUCUCAGAUGUGACCCCGAGGUGACUCCACGAGUAUCUCUAGAAUGGUCUGAGGACGGCGAUUCGGCCAGCGACAGCGGCCCGGAAGCGAUGCGAGAACCUUCUACAGCGCCUACGUUGGACAGACACAAGGGUAUCCUAACUCUGCGCGAGCAACAACGUCAGGCCGACGCCGGCACCCCGCGACGCGGCCGCCCGCCCGCCCUCAGCGCCGCCCUGCAUCUGGUGCCGCCCGAGGACGAGGCACAGAAAAUACUCAAGAUACAGAGGAGGGGUGCCACGUUGGCACUGGUUAGUCUCACUAAACAUUUUGCUGACGAACUUCCCGAGAAGCUGCCAAAGUUAUGGGAAUUCAUCAUCGAGCCACUCGACAGGGUCUUGACUGAUGCUGAGUUAGAGAGCCUAGACGUCGAAGCGGCAGAGGAGAUGAUCUCGCGACUGCAAGUUUUCGAAGCUGUGUGCGCGCACAUAGCGGGUGAACUAUGGCAGAGGGUGAUAGAAAACGGGGCCCUAGCUCUAUGUGCCAUUACCAGGGCCCCAUAUACGGCCCUGAGGCAUAUGGGGGCGCGGGCCCUGGCCGCCAUGGCUGCCCGGGACUGUGUGCCUGUCAUGCAUGCCGCUAUACAUGUGCUACUACCAGCGUUGAGCGACGUGCGAUGCGAGCGCACCCGCUGCGGUGCUUCCGAAGCACUGACGCGAGUAGUUGACGCGCUGCAGCUGCAAGUGGUGCCCUACAUCGUGCUGCUGGUUGUACCGCUGCUGGGUCGUAUGAGCGACCACUCCCCUUCAGUCCGCGUAAUGUGCACUCGUUGCUUCGCGACCCUCAUACAACUCAUGCCUUUGGACGGCGCCGUGCCGGAACCGGCCGGCCUCGCGCCCGCCGUCCGGGCGAGGAGAAACCGGGACCGGCACUUCCUGGACAAACUGUUCAAUCCCAAGACUAUAGACGACUACAAGAUACCCGUGCCCGUCAACGCCGAAUUGAGGAGCUAUCAGCAGGCGGGCGUAAAUUGGCUCCGGUUUCUGUACGAAUACAAACUACACGGCGUGCUAUGCGACGACAUGGGUUUGGGCAAGACAUUGCAGUCCAUCGUAGCCGUAGCCUCGUCUCACUACGAGAGGGCCCAGAGUCAGGCCCCGCCCCUCCCCUCGCUCGUGGUGUGCCCGCCCACACUCACCGGUCACUGGGUGUUCGAAGUAAACAAAUUCAUCCCUAGUAAAUUUCUGAACCCGUUGCAAUACGUGGGUCCCCCCGUGGAAAGGGAGAGAUUAAGGGCUCACGUGAGGCAUCACAACCUUAUAGUUGCGUCCUACGACAUCGUGAGAAAAGACAUAGAUUUCUUCAGCAGUAUCAAAUGGAACUAUUGCGUGUUGGAUGAAGGACACGUUAUCAAAAACGGCAAGACGAAAGCUUUUAAGGCUAUCAAACAGCUGAUCGCGAACCAUCGGCUAAUAUUGUCCGGGACGCCGAUACAGAACAACGUGCUGGAACUAUGGUCGCUGUUCGACUUCCUGAUGCCCGGUCUCCUUGGCACCGAGAGGCAGUUUACUGCGAGAUACUCCCGCCCCAUACUCGCUGCACGAGACCCCAAGGCCACGCCCGGACAUCUGCAGGCCGGGGCCCUGGCCUGCGAGGCCUUACAUAGGCAGGUGCUGCCGUUCCUCCUGCGUCGCGUCAAAGAAGACGUUCUAAAGGAACUACCUCCGAAGAUAACGCAGGAUUACUACUGCGAGCUGAGUCCUUUGCAGCGUCGCCUCUAUGAGCACCUGGCGAGGGACCACGUGCCUGCCGACGUCACCAGCACCACGCACGUGUUCCAGGCUCUCCACUACCUCCAGAACGUAUGCAACCAUCCAAAACUAGUGCUAAGCCCCGAGCACCCGGAGUGGGGCCGCGUCAGCCAAAUGUUGGCCGCGCAACGAUCAUCGCUCGACGACAUCCAGCACGCGGCCAAACUGCCCGCACUCAAGCAAUUGCUAUUGGAAUGCGGCAUCGGCGUCAGCUCCACAGAAGCGGACCCUGGCUCGGAAGCGGGCGCGGAGACGGCAGUGGUGUCUCCCCAUCGAGCUCUAGUCUUCUGCCAGCUCAAGCGGAUGCUGGACAUCGUGGAGAAAGAUCUGCUGCAAAGACAUCUGCCUUCAGUGACCUACCUGAGGCUGGAUGGAUCCGUACCGCCGCAGCAAAGACACGCUAUAGUUUCCAGAUUCAACGCUGAUGUCACUAUAGAUCUGCUCCUGCUGACUACUGCUGUGGGCGGUCUCGGUCUGAACCUGACGGGAGCGGACACGGUGAUAUUCGUGGAGCACGAUUGGAACCCCAUGAAGGAUGCUCAGGCCAUGGACCGAGCCCAUCGCAUCGGACAACGGCGCGUCGUCAACGUAUACCGGCUCAUCACCCGCGACACGCUGGAGCAGAAGAUCAUGGGAUUGCAGAAGUUCAAGCUGAUGACCGCAAACACUGUGAUCAGUAGCGAAAACGCCGCCAUGGAGACCAUGGGCACUGAGCAGCUGCUGGACCUGUUCCAACCACCUGGAACCGCUGCACCAUCGCCUGUCCAGCAUCAUGCCAUCACGGACGGAUCUAGUUCUGUGGAGCUGCCGCCGGAUUUGUGGGAUGAUGCUCAGUACGAGGAAGAAUACGACAUGAGCGCCUUCAUCAAGAGCCUGAACAAGAUGGCCUCCUAACCACUGACCCAUCAUUCGAGGUGCAUCGCUAGAACCUACCGUGUUCACAAAUAUACCUUACCGCUUUGUAAUAAGGUGGAGACUACAAUAUCAAUAUGAGGAGCUGGAGAACAAAACGGUAUAAUAGGGAUGAUGACUAAUUU